CAACCCGUUUGCGUCGACGUCCUGCUGGCGAAUGCCGGAAACAACGAUGCUCGUAGCUUGCGACAUCAAAUUCGGUACAGCGAUGAUAUGUCGACUGCGAUGGCAAAAUGUGGUCGUAGUCCGGUCACUAUGACGUUUGGAUGACCAUGUUGAGCAGAGUGAUGACUCGCUCAUAAGCUCGACAAUGAUAUGUCUCUCUGUUAUCGUCGACAUUUAAGACCAACCUUGAAAUCAACAGAAUCAUUCCUCCCAGAACACUCGACAAAGCCAGUCUGAAUCAGAUACUCUUUCCAUAGCCCACCUGCAUUACCUCGAAGAUGGCAGGCCUCAUCAACGCUGUGAGGACGACGUUCUCAGAGAACUUGGGUGGUGUUGCACAAGCUCUAGCACCAGCAGCGACCAGAUUUGCAAUUGCAGACGUUCCAGAUCAGACCGGAAAGGUUGCUGUUGUCACAGGUGGCAGUCAAGGUAUUGGGUAUGGUGUCACUCAUACCCUACUCAACAAGAAUAUCGCCAAAAUCUUCAUCCUAUCCGGUUCCAAGGAUGUCGUCGACAAGGCCUUAGAUGCUGUACGCGAAGAACUCGGCGAAGAUGCAGCCAAGCGUACCCAAUGGGUGCAAUGUGACCUCGGUGACUGGAAGCGCACGACUGAAGCCGCCAAGGAGAUCGCAGCAGCCACGGAUCGCCUUGACAUCCUGGUCAACAACGCUGGCCGCGGCAUCAUGACCUUCGAAUUGACCGAUGACGGCCUUGAUCGCCACAUGGCCGUCAACCACAUGGGCCACGUCGUUCUCACUGCACAUCUCCUACCAUUACUGAAGAAAACCGCCGAGCAAGGCCACACCGUCCGCAUCACCAACCAGGCAUCCAACCUCCACACCAACAGCCCCUUCGAGACCAAAUUCGCCAACGUCGAAGAGCUGAACAAGGACUAUGGACCCAACGCCCAGUACGGCCGAUCCAAGCUCGCCGCCAUCCUCUACAGCCGCUUCCUCGCCCGCCACCUCACGGCCGUCCAACCGCGCAUCCUGGUCAACGCCACUCACCCGGGCAUCGUCGAGACCAAACAGACCCGCGAAGACAUCCACGAGGCCUUCCCGCUGGCCGGAUACGCGAUGAGCGUCGGCAUGCAGCCGUUCCGGAAAAGCCAGUUCGACGGUGCGCUGUCGACGCUCUACGCCGCCACCAAGGCGGAGAAUUCGGGCGAAUAUAUCUGCCCGCCGGCGGCGGUUGAGGCUGGUAGUCAGCAGUCUCAGGACGAGGAGCUCCAGGAGCAGUUGAUGAGGUUGACCGCUCAGCUGAUCAAGGAGAAGAUUGGUCAGGAUCUGCCCUCUGAGCUUCAAGCCAAAUGAGGUAGAAGGUUCCCUCAAGCGCAACGUACGAUCGGACUGUAUUAUAGUGAUGAGAUAUGAUAGAAUUUGCAUUGUGAUCGAAAAAUAAAUCGCUCAUUAGUUUGAGAAAAUAUCGUCUGCCCUCU